CGUACGGCGAGCACGUGGCGGCAAGAGCGAGACGCAAAAUGGACCAAGUAUCCAGGAAGUGGGGACCUGGAUUAAAAGCGAACGAGGGCAACGUCUCGGCGACAGAGCCAUCUCGGACCUUGAACGUGGUGGAAGUGGACGGUACCGGCCCCGUUCACCACUCCUCGCCACGUUGCCUCGCUCCGUGGUUUCCUAACGGGUUCCUGGCCUUGCCCUUCGUCCCACCCGAUCCUACGGUUGGCCGCGUUCCGCCAACACGAGCUGCCGACGAGAUCUUGUUGGAAAAGUUGGAAGAUCUGGAGGAUCGAUUUCGAGGUUGGCUACCGGGAUAUUAGGACGAAUUCUCCCUUCGCCAAGACGUUUUCAGAUGGGGAGCGUGCGGGUCUCGGCUCUGAUCUGCCUUCUCCUCGUCGCAUCGAGGCUCAGGGAGUCGCGAUGCGGGCCGAGAUACUCGUUCGAGGCGAGGGCGAAGGCGUCCGAGUUGUUCAAGACGAAGGGGGAGAGCCUGAGGGCGGUGCAAGAGGAGGGGGUCAUGGCCACCCCGAGCCCGCUGCGCCACGAGACGCCAAGGAGGGCGGGCAGGGACGAGUACUCGUCGACGACUACGAGGGGCGACGACGAGGACGAGUCGAGGAACGGAUUCGAGGCGUCCACGUUCAACCCGGACGUGCUGAACAAGUUUUUGGAGGAGUACGCGAGCAAGAUCAAGGGGAGCAGCAGCGAGAAGUACCAGAGAUAUCCGUUCAGGAUCGUCAAGCCUUCCGAGCCGCUCCCCCUCGAGGUGGACGAGCAGACCACUGUUCGAUCGUCGAUCAUCGAUCACGAAGAUCAGAACACCAAGUACGAGGAGGAGCCGAUCAAUUCCACGUCCACCGAGGAUGGAUUGGGCGGGAUUCUGAACGACACGAUAAAGAGGAACAAGUAUUACGGGGCGAACUCGUACGACGAUAGGAACGGUUGGGUCACGUUGGAGGCGAUACCGUGGUCGAAGAGCAAGAUUUCGAAAUGGCAAGCGACCCCGAGCACGCAACGCCCGUGGCCGGAAGUGAAGCCGUGGGAUAAACCGGGCAAACCUUGGACCUCCGAUUACUCCGUCAGGCCCAUCUACGAGAACAAUAAACCAUGGUACGAGAAGCCGAAACCGAGCUGGCCGGAGAACAGCCAGAACGACAAACCCGCGUGGCAAAAGCCCAAUCGCCCUUACUACACUGAGAAACCGGAGGAGACGCAGGCUCAAAAGUGGCCACCCGAGAGGCCCUCUUGGAACAAAUACACGGACCGUCCAAGCAUCAACACCGAUAUAAUUACCGACAACAGGCCCGCCAAUUUCCCCAGCAAUUGGAACAGGCCGCAACCGACGAAACCGAGCUACCAAUACUUGGACAAGUAUCCGGAUAAAUAUCAGGGGGAAGAGGGAAACGAUUGGCACGAUUUUCCGACGAGGCUCGAGGAUCGUCCAACACCUAGGCCGAGCACCGAGAGGCCGACCGCCUUCUCCCAUUACCAAUACGUGAACAAUCAUCCGCAGAGUUAUCCCGGGAACGGGGACGGCCAGUGGGUGCUGCUCUCGACGAACAGAGGCUAUUCCAAGUCCAGGCAGAGGUCGAUAAAGAUAGACUCGAUGGGCCAAGCGGCGAACGUUACGAGGAGCGUGGGCAGAAGGGAGGAAGAAGCUGAUCCAGCGGUAGCCGUGAUGACGUCGAAGAGACAGGUUAGAUUGACGGUGUUACCGUCGAUCAACGGCACGAAUACGACCACUUCGCACGGGGGCCUUCUGGAAGUGGAAAAGACGUUCAAGAGCGUGGACCAGAGUCAAAAGGAGUACGAGAUGGAAAGGCAGCCGUUGCUAUCGACCAUCUUGAAAAAGAGACCUAUCAGAAACACAUUAGGAAAUAAGGCGUCCAGCUCUGCUGUUCUGGCUGCUGUCAGUGCCGGGAUACUACCGGCAACAAUGGCAAUGAUGAUACCGAUGAUUCUUGGUCGUCGAAAGAGGGAUCUAACGAAUUCCGGAUUGGGCCUCCUCGAUCACGACGAGAUUAUGAUAAAGAAACUGAUCCCGGGAAACAAAGUACUUGAUAAUUCGUAGAAACGGAGAAAUGGAGAUAAAAUUUAGAAAAGGAAAAAAAAAUAGGCACAACUUUUGAAAUAUAUAAAAAUGAAAUUAGCAAAUUAUUAAAGUUUAAGAAACUGGUGGUGUACAUGA